AUGGCGGUGCUGUUCAGGCGUCUGACUGAGCACAUGCAAAGGUUUGAUGGGUUAUUUUCAUCGGCACUUCUUAAAAGUAAGAUUUUAUAUAUCACACAAGGUUAUUUACAUUUUAGUCACCCAGUCUUGCAUAAAUACUGGUCACUAAAAUUUAUUGAAUGGUGUUUAUUUUCAGCUUACAUAUCUGAGAGGUUUUGAAGCUAAUUUACUUACUUUUAGAUGGAUUUUUUAGCAAAUUUAAAAGAGUUGUUUCAAUGCCUGUUAGUGUUCACAUAUAAGUAAGUUAUGGAAUAACAAGGUUGUUGCCAACCGUGGUUGCAGAUUGAAGGGGGGGAGGGGGGGGUCCCUAUGGGUUUACCCCUUCACCUUUCCUUCUUUUAUGCUCACUCCCACCCCCGUCCCCUGUCUGCAGAGUAUGGCAGAAUUCGACGAGAUCUUGCUCAUGCAAGGCCGUGUUUAGGCCCUUAUUACUUAUAUAUUUAUUGUUAAAAAACUUGUGCGUGCACCUGCCAUGUACUCUGCAUGUACUCUCCUACCCUAUAAACCCCAAAUACCUCUUUUUACCAUAGGUUCAAUCUUUGUAUCUGGGAUGAAUCCCAGUGUGUUAUCUCAGCCGUAGCCUCAAGAUCCUAACCGAGACUACAGACACUUUCAAAUCAUUGAUAGAGUGAGAGGGUACUGACUUUGCUCUGACUAUUGGCUACAGAGAGGCAUGGCCGUGGGAUUAGGGAGCUUUGGACUUUUGAUCCAGGUGCCUUGAAUUUACAUCUAAUUCUGACCCUGACCACAAUCUGGAUUUGUUCUCAGUUAUGAUGAGUUUGAAUCCUCAGUCACACUUGUAAAAUACCAACUGGUUCACCUCCAGUCCUUCCAGUUGGGUUCCUUUUCUGAUUCUUUGCCUUAUUAGAUCCCAUCAUCCCUGAAAAGCCCAUAUGGGAGAGGAUAAUACAUGGAUACAAGAGUUGUUUUUAUUCAUUCCCAAAUUUUUUAUGUUGAAAUAGUUAACAUUAACCUUUUCUUUGUAAAGGUCAUUGCUGCAGAUCAUUACAAACCUCACCAGCUUUGGAAAAAUAUUACCUGCUACCAAAUUACUUGAAGAAAUGGGCCAGAAGGGACAUGAAGCGAAGAGCACUGUAUGAACAACAUGAAAUGGAACGUUCCAACUUGAGGGUUUUAAAGAAAAAUGAUAUUCUUCCAUCUGCAGUGCGGGAAAAAGCUGCCAAAGAUAUGGACAAACUCCCUUUGGACAGUUCAAUAACACGUGUGCGGAAUAGGUGUGUUCUGACUGACAGAGGCCGAGGUAUUGUUGGCAAAUAUCGCAUUUCAAGAAUAAUGUUUCGCUAUUAUGCUGAUAAAGGUCUCAUAGCUGGGAUACAGAAAUCACAAUGGUGA